CAAGUCUGAUGCACUUAACUAUUGAUUGAGGUUAGAUAGUUCAACUGUUCUCUUAAAAUCUGAAAUGUCGCCAGAAUAUUUUCAUCUUAAUCUUGUAUGAUAAUUCUCAAAAGAUUUUACAUUUCCAAUGACCAGUGUUUAAAUUAAGUUCAAGACAAAAUUUUUCUUGUUUUACCAUGGCGAAAUUUUCGACUGUUUUGAUUGGCGGUGGUACAGGAUUUGUGGGAUCGCAUUUGGCUGAAGGCUUUCGAAAUGUUGCCUCCAAAGUUUUAGUAAUAUCAAGAAUGCCUGGAGUUGGCAGAAUUUCAUGGAACGAUUUACAGCAGAAAGGAUUACCAGAAGAAACAGAGGUCAUUGUGAAUGUUGCAGGACAAAAUGUUUUGGAUCCGAUGCGAAGAUGGACACCUGGUUUCAGGCAAAAUGUUGUGUCGAGUCGAGUUUUGACUACAAAAACACUAGCUGAAGCCAUUGAAAAAUCUGCAAAGCCACCUAAAGUUUUCAUUACAAUGUCUGGUGUUGGUUAUUAUCCACCUAACGAAACUGCUGAGUAUAAUGAGGAAAGUAAACCGGCAGCUAGUGACUUUUUCUCAAAGUUAUGCCAUGAUUGGGAAAACUCAGGAAAUUUGAGUGAUCAAACACCAACUCGUAGGGUUAUAAUUAGAUCUGGUGUUGUCCUAGGUUCCGAAGGAGGAAUUAUUCAACGUGUUUACAUACCCUUCUUUCUUGGUCUUGGUGGCCCUAUUGGCAGUGGAAAUCAGUUUUUCCCUUGGAUUCAUAUUGAUGAUUUAGUGAAUAUGUUUUUAUUUGCUGCAUCCAACGAAAAGGUCGUUGGAGUCUUGAACGGAGUCGCCCCACAAGUCGUUACAAAUAAAGAAUUCUCAAAAGCUUUAGGAUCAGCCAUGUUUCGUCCUUCCUUCAUGCCUUUGCCUGAGAAAGUCAUUGAAUUGGCUUUUGGUAAGGAAAGAGCGUCUAUGAUGACUGAAGGUCAAAAAGUUGUACCAAAAAGAGUUUUGGAUUACGGUUUUAAUUACAAAUUUCCUGAUAUUGAAUCAGCAUGUAAAAAUAUUGUUAAUUAGCUUCUAAAUUAUUGUUAUCUUUUACGAAUGUUAUGUAAAGAUUUUAGAUUGAAUCAAGUUACUAAAUGUGAUGUAAAUUUAGUCUGAUUAUAAUAAAAAGGUUCAUUACCCAAUAAA